GGCAGUCCGAUCUCCCCAACCCCUGAACGCACAUUUUACCGACAAGUUUCAAGAUGAGUAGUUGGCUUUUUUGGCUGUGGGCAUGCUUAGCAGCUUGGUGUUUCGCAGUAGGUGCAGGGCAGCCCAUGCCUGCAGACGCCAUGGCCAGGCCGGCAAGACCGAAGACAUUCGACUCCCCCGACGACCUGAGGACCUAUCUAAACCAGCUUGGACAAUACUACGCAGUCGCUGGCAGACCCAGAUUUGGGAAGAGGACAGGCUUCAGUCCAAGACUACAUUUGGCACUAGAUGGACUAAGCAGUUAUAGAUAUCCUCUUUCUGACCCAAGUGAACUUUAUGAGCUACUGUUCCCUCAAGCGGACUGAAGUUGAGUUUUUAUUUUAAAUUGAAAUACACAAAAUAAUGGAAAAAUAUUUUUCUUUCUUCCCUCCUAACAAAAUAUUUAAAAAAAAUAGUAACAAGCUUAUUUAUUAUGGUUGUAAAUAGAAUUCAAAAUUAAAAAUAUUUAAAAAAAUUGAAUUUUUGUCAUUUCUGGUUACUUAUUGCAAUGUUUAGAUUUGGCAUUAGUGAGAGCAUAUGUGAAAAAAAUAUAAAUGUAUAUUUGUAAAAUGAAAUAACGUUUAUGUUCCUAUAUAGAUUUUGAAAAUGUAAUAUUUUUAUUUAUUUAAAAAGCGUGUAUUUUAAGUCAAUUACAAUUCAGUGUUUUGAUAAUUUUUAGUUCUUAUGACCAAGUGUAUAUUUUUAACCGCCAGAAUAAACAUUGAUAUGUGCUUCCUGCCAAAUUAAAUUUUGUAACCCGUUUCCGGUAAAGAAUGUAUUAAAUGAUUGCAACUAUUCACAAACCCUGUAGUGUUGAUCCUAAUAAAGUCAUUCGCAAAUGA